UGGACACCACAAUGUCUUCCUGUAGCGCGUCCCUGACAAGUCUAGAGAUCCCGGACACAUCCACUCCGAUAUUAGUGAAUGACAAACACCACGAUGAACUGACCGUCCAGAAUGUCCGUCAGAUGUCUCCCCACCCAGGGGGAGAGCGUGAAAGUGACAACAUUAGUCUGGGUAUGUCCACCGUCAGCAAGAUGAGCGUCAAAACCCCACCCCCCGGGGACAUGCCGCGGUCUCGGGCGUCCAACCGCACCCCGAUCCCCCUGCGUUCCAUGGAGGUGGACGAGGAGGUGCUGGGAUACUACAGGGAGCUGCAGCGGGUGAUGAAAGACAGGGGGUACGCGGACAGGUGCCCCUCCCAGACCAUGCUGCAGGAAGUUAAACAGGACUACCGGAAGAUGAGCAUAGAGUGGCCGGAAGAUGAUGACGGAGUUAUCUGCCCCUCGCCUCCCAAAACCUUGAAGAAAAAUAUUCUCAGUGAUGAAAGGAUCAGGGAACUGGACCAAUAUGUAUUUAAUAUGCCCCGGGAUUUCCUGAAGCAGCCUCUGUUUGACCUGGUCCAGUACCUCGUGCAGGAGGCGGAGACGGAAGUUGAGGAGGCGCAUGUUCUGUACCGCUGGCUGACUUCACAAGCAAUGGAGGAAGUUGUGACCCAGAACGGGCAGGUGGACAUACCCCAGGACUAUACCGCGGUGUACCUACAACGACUGAAGAGGGCUUCACUGUCAUAUGCAGACAUAUUCGCGGAAAUGAUGGGCUUCACGUCUAUAGAGUGCGUGAAGAUCACCGGUCUGAUGAGAGUCUUUCCUAAACAACCGUGUGAGACUGUCACCAAAACAGAACGACAUUGUUGGUGUGCGGUGUUCCUCGGGCGCGAAUGGAGACUGGUCGACUGCUUUCUAGGGGGAAAACUGUGGCACGAUACUCAAGAUCUCCGUCAACAGGAAGACGUCCACAACAUCGACCCCAGCUCCUCCUUCGCUGCCGACCUCAACCACUUCUACUUCAUUCCCGACCCAGAGCACCUCAUCUUCUCCCACUUCCCUGACAGGGACUACUGGCAGCUUCUACCGAGGUUCGUCAGCAAGUCAGAGUAUCUCACCAUGCCGUACCUCAAACCGGAAUUCUUCUGUCUUAGUCUCGUCUGUCCACAGGACAAGAUAACUGUCCCCACGAAGAACGGGAUGUGUAAACUGAAAGUGAACUUCCGUAAAGGUUCUGGGAUGAAAUUUUCUUAUAGACUUCGUAAAGUGGAAUCAAAGAAAAGCAAUGUGUCCAAAAAUGCCAGUCUUAAAAAUAAUGUGUUCUUGGAGAACUCACUGAACUCCCAUCGUGCCACGUUUCUUGUGAAUCUUACUGAAAAAGGCAAAUACGUGCUGGAGGUGUUCGGCAAGUCCGGGAACCUGUACAUGGAGAGACAACCUCACUUGUGCGCCUUGGGGAUCUCCUGUUCUCAAGGACUGACGGGCUUCAAAUGCUACCCCAACAAUGACAGGAGCGAAUGGGGUCCAGGAGCAGACGUUGAGGCCAUGGGAAUGGUGCCAGUUACACACGAUUCUGGCAUUGUUGAAACCCAAAAUGGAGAAGCAGAAAUUGUGUUCAAAGUGCCAGAAAACCUCAGUUUCUUUCAAGCGGUAACGUCUAGCAGCGGGACCCAGGGUCCGGAAUCGUGUGUCGUCCACAAGCUGGACAAACAGAAGGUUGUUUUCACUGCCAGGCCUACGGUAGCCGGAGAUUCAUGUCUCAAGAUAUUAGCCAGACCUGAACAAAGUGAUGGACACCUCAUUCAUGUAUGCAAUUAUCUCUUAAGGUGCUCAGAACCAAACGAAUCUGUUUUUAGUUUGCCUAAAAUCCCUAACGGGAGAAUUGGAUCGAGAAUGAUGUUGAGGAAACUUGGAAUACGUGUCAUCAGUCCGAAGGCAGCUCUGAUUUAUUCGUCCCCAUCUGGGCGGAUAGAUGUGAAAGUGCAGACGACCAAAUCAGUGAUUCUCAGGGCAGACGUCGCACAUCACCUCAACAGCGUCAUUCAGGACGUGUCGGACUUUGUGUUCCAGACCGUGGAUAAAAAUAUUGUAACUUUCAGUGUGAAACUGCCAAAACAUGGAAUCUAUAACAUAAACUUAUAUGGUAAGAGAGCAGACGACAAGAAGUCAACAUUGUCUGAUGACGUCACAAGGCCAGUAGAAGAGAGAGAUGAGAUGUAUUUGCUUCACAAUAUUCUCGUCGUCUGCCACUGGCCGUACAAAGACUGCUCUGAGUUCCCCAUAACGCUACCCAGCUGGGGACAAGGAUGCAAGCUGAGCGGACCCCAGAGGAAACAUCUUCCGGCAGGGUCCAUUCUGAAAUUCAAACUUACUGUGCCUGGCGCUGAUGAUAUCGCAGUCUUGGACGGGGAAGACUGGCAGCAUCUCCACACGGAAGAUGGUGCAUUGUGGGAAGGGGACAUCAUGGUGGACGAUGACCAGGCAGGAUCGUCCAUCAUGGUCAAAGCAUCAUUUGGCGGGGAGUAUCGUCCUUUGCUUCAGUACCAGGUGCUGUCGUCUGUUGAGUAUGCCUCACAGAAGGAACAGAGGAAGUACAAUUGCAGGAGAGCCAGGGAGAGAAUCAAGAAGUUGAAAGCUGAGGGGAAAUGGCGCGAUCCACCAGAGGAGAGUGUUGUCACCGGAGAUGAUGGGGAUGACGUUUCGCUACAGAUUAUCGACGAUGACGGGGACUCAGAUGACGGGGACAGACUGACUGAGACAGAUAGUGAGGCAGAUCCUGCAGGAUCACUCACAAGCAGUUCCACCAGUACACUGAGAACGGGCGUCAAGAAAAACACUAUAGAAGUCACAGCUGAAAUAAAUGGGAAACCAGCUGACAUACAGAGUAGCAGCAGCUCGGAUAGUGUCAUCAGAGAACCAAAGACAGCUUCAAAGGACACAGCAACCAACGAUGGUGCAAAUACCGAAGUGGAAGAAGAUACAGGCAAUACUUCCAAAGUUAGAGAUGUUCCUGAUGCUGCUAAAUCUAACAAUCACAUCAAAGGGAAGGAUACCAAAUGCAAACAUGAAGACAAAGUGUACCCCAGGUUCCCACAGAAGAACAAGACGAGCUGAAAGGUAAUGACAUCAACGUGAAGGAAGGUGCUGACGAUGCAGGACACGACGUUGAUGUGAAGGAGAAAGCCGAGCCACCCUUGAACAAGAAAGAGGUGUCCUUUGCUAUAGAAGACUCCUCGGAGGACUCAGAGUCAGAGGUGUAUGAAGAUGACGAGGAGAGUGAUUUUGAGAGGUGGCAGCGCAAGCAGCGGGAAGUGGAACAAAGAGAGGAGGAGAGGACUAUUCUGGACUUCUCUCUGCCAGUUCGUCUGCUGCUGAAACGUCUGCAAGGCGCCACCAAGCGGAAGGACAAGAGCG